CUACAACAGGUUGUGGUUAUUAGGUCUCCGGAUCUAAUAAAAAGAGCAAAGAAACCGGAAAGUGGUUAGUUUCAAGAAACACUUAUUAAUACUUCUUUCAAACAGUCCUAGUUCUCCAUGGCUACCCACAAGUGGUCCAUGUGGCCCCACACAGCUCAUGAAAGAUAGACCACACCUCUAGUAUCUAUUGUUCCCUGCUCUUUUUGAACAGCAGGGAGCUACAAAAAAGUUUCAUCUAGUAGUGUAGAACAAAUGGAUAAGUUGUUCCUUCUGGGCAAGUAACUAUUUUGAUGCUCAAUUGCCUGUCUUGAUUGGAAAGGGCCCAGUUAAGUUGUCUUGGCUAAAACUAAACAACUGCCCUGGACAGACAAACCUUGAAGGCUGCUUGCCCAAAAGGACAAUCUGGAUCGAGUUUAAAGUUUUUUAAGCCGAGAGUGCAUUAGUGUGCAUUUUUUAGCACUCCAAUUCAAAUUAUAGAGAUGUAUGAAGGAAACAGGUCCGAUGCUUCCAAUUUGAUAUUGUUACAAAUCAGUCGUCUAUAUGUACUAUACAUGCACCUGGCUUGAAGAAACAAGAUUUUGUUCACAACCUACAUGAUCUUGUACAUUUUAAUAAUAUUCCGUAGGGUGUUUUGGAAUUUCCAUCGGGUCUACCAUUACUGCGGCAACUGGGUUUAUUUGUAGGUGUAAUUACUAUAUCAAUUUUAAUAUACCAGUAGUGCAAUAUAAUCAUACAACGAAACAUAUAUUAACCAUACACCUACAUUGUAUUAUAGAAGGGACCCUGGUCAGUAUCAUCUUACUGAAGUUUUGUUUUACAUAAACACUUAGGACCUCCUCAGUCUUAUUUCUGCUUAAUAGGCUGUUUUACAGUUGUGUGCUCAGUACCCUGGCCUUUGAAUAGAAGAGAGACUAGAGUUGACCCUGUUUUGUUACAAACCUUGUUUUUUACGUUUAACUGAUCAUUUUGACAGGCUUGUCAGCAUGAGAAUAGCGUGAUUUGCGCAUGAAAAGCAGGAAGGUUUUUAACAGAACAUUAGGUCAACUCCAGCCUCGCUUCUAUUACUAUUAGUACUGAGUAUUCAAUUGUAAAAUACCCUGUUAACUGGAUGGGUGUCCAACUGAUAUGGUGUAUGGUUAUGUACUUUUUUCUAACAAUGUAGUAAUAAACGUCUGUAUAUGUACAUUGCAUGUUCUUCCUCAUGUUUACGGUACUAAUUGCCCCAUUUUAAUGUUGCAGCUGAAGCUGCUGAAGAAAUUGUUAAAGUUCUGUGGCUGAUGCUUGGUUGCUCCGUGCAAGUUAGUAUUUAAUAAUAAUGGUAAUCAUUAAAUUUGUAUUAUUUCGUUAAUCCUUUCGCUCCCAGAAGUGGCCAAAGUCAAAACUUGACAAAAUUUCCAAAUUUUAUUUUGAAAAACGCUGAAAUACAAAUGGGUACUAUCGUCCAUGUGAAAGUACUGCUGAAGAGAAUUCAUAUGAAAGGUAACACCAUAGGAUCUUGUUCACAAACUGAAAAGUUAAAACCACCUCACAAGACUCCAUCAUUCACUCUGGGAGUAAAAGCGUUAAUAAAGAAAUGCUCACCAGCAAACCAUUAACUGUGCAUGCCCACACCUCCAUUCAAACAGUCACUAUUAUUUUUAUAGGGGUGAGGUAGGUUAAUAACAGGAAGCUAACAUAAUGGACUGAACCUCUCUAAAAUUUAAAUCUUCAGAGGCUUGCUGCUCUGCUACCUCUUAAUUUUGUUUAGCUUCAUACUUUCUUUUAAAACUAUCACUGUAUCUUAGCAGUGGCAGAACUAUGGGGGGAGCCCUGGGGGAGCCGGGCCCGUAAUUUAAUCUAAGGCCAAAGUUUGCAGGGCUGAGACAAAUUAUUUGGGAGGCCAGGCACUCUCCUAUCUUGGACUGGAUGAACGGGCGCCUCACUUCAGUGAAGAUCUGAAUACGCCACAGCGUAGAGACCUUUAUGGAGAGUAUGGGCGCUUUCCAUUUACGAAAAAACCCCGGAAAUUUCGGUGGUAGCAAAAGUGGAAUUUCCGAUUGGUAAAAAGUUGUUCCAUUUGGUCGUAAACCCCGGUACGUGGCGCGGUGCCCGACCGUGGACCUGGAACUGGUACAAACUACGAGAAACGUAAAUGGAACACGACAUUCCCUUCGGAAAUUCCAACCGGGAAAACGGGACCACCUUUUUAGAUUUUCCACUUUUUCUGGGAAUUUUCCAGUGGGACGAACCGACGAAACGUGUUCCAUUUACCGCCGAACCGGAAAUUCCGGAAAUUUUGACUAAAUGGAAAGCGCCCUAUAUAAACGGUGUAUGAAAAACCGCACACUGCAGACUUUCAGGCGACUCACGAACUUUCUCAGCCUCGUGAGAUCUAGUUCCAGGCGGCUCAAAACGCCAGGGUUGAAUCCCUGUGAAGGGCUACCCUAUACUUCUCCCUAUCGCUUCGCCUUCUAAAAGUUUUUCUAUAUCUGAAUAAUCGGACGAAAAGGGUAGAGCUAUCACUUAAAGAACUAGAGUAGGCCAUAUAAGAGAUCAUUUAUUUGUUCCAAAAGUGUGACGUAACGUCACGUGAUUAACGAGAUCGAAGCGUUAAUGGCAGAAGAUCGUGCGAGCAGCAAAUUAAACACUUUCAAGUGCGAUUUCUGAGCCAAAUAGAUCGCUUACUGUAUAUGUUUUGGUUGGAAGAAUUAGCAAAUUGCUUGCGAUCCAGCAGAUAACUUGCAAACCAAUCAUGUCGCCUGCCACGGACAUCAUAUUUGUAGAGUUUAUCUAACAAUAUUUAAUGCUUUAUCAAAUGCUUUUGAGAUAUCUAAGAAGAGGCCACAAGAUAUAAGGUUACUGUCAAUAGAGGCCUUCAGAUUAUCAGUGAUCACCAUGUUCGCUUGCUCAGUAGAAUGGCUUUUUCUGUAGCCAAACUGGUACUUAAAUAAUUAAUAAAAGCAUUUUAGAACAAAUUUUACCUGCCAGUCUGCAAGUCUGCAUUUUUUGCACUCCGAAAUUGAUCCUUGAAAAGAAAUUCUAAUAUGUUUACACUUUGGUCGGUGGUUCACAAAAGUCUUUUGUAACUUUUAUUUUUAGUCUGAUAACAGGGAACACUUCCCGUUUGUCAUUCGGGAUACAAUGAGUAUUCCCGACCAAUUCCAUAUUUAUGGAGAAAAUUCAACUGAUAACUUCCGGCGAAGAGGCCGUAAUCCAAUUUCCAGCAUCAGAGUAAUUAAUGGAUUAUAA